CGUGCAAGAGUGUGUUUUGCUUGUGGAAUGUGGGAGUUGUCCCCACGCGCUUUACGAACAACCGACCCGUCCAAACAGUGCGCGUGUGGCAGAGGAUGUCACACCAACCAAAACUGCGAACGCACGCUCACGGUAGAGUCUUUGAUCGGUUAUUGGAGGAAAAUCCGCCGUGUAGGCUAGAGUCGGGGCGGGGCGUAAUUACACCGAGUCCCAUCCAUUUAGGGUCAAGUACAACAUUAUUACAGUUGUAACCAGCGUGGGUUCAAAGUUUGUUUUGUAUCCGGAAACCCAUCACGACAGAUCGCACACAUCAAGCGGACGAACUGCUUUCAGAUUCGAUCCUGUUUUUGUUUUUCUUGUGUUAAUCCCCACGCUCGCGCUAAAUCUGCGCGGGAUGGAUCGCGAGGCAGCCCUAACGGCCAGUAUAAUUCGUUAGCAUCGCAUCGACUAGCUCCACAGUUUCGUCCCCGUGCACGGGGCUACGGUGCGGUCGGACGUGGAUCGAGGCGACCCCUCUGCGGGCUGCUCUGCCGAGGCGGUGGGCGUGUUUUUCUCCUUGUCUCGGCGUGCUAGCAUGUGAGCUGGCGCCAAGUUCUAGGCGUGAAAAAAGAAACAAGAUUUACAAGUUACGGACAGGAGUAAACCAGCAAAAGUCACGUUACGCGUGAUCGGAAAAGUUACACACAGUAGCGAUGGAGUCGGCCGUUAGUACAUCCACUCAAGUGCCAGAUGAGUUUGACCGGAACGUUCCGCGGAUCUGUGGUGUGUGUGGAGACAAAGCUACCGGCUUUCACUUUAAUGCGAUGACUUGCGAGGGCUGCAAAGGCUUCUUCAGGCGCAGCAUGAAGCGUAAGGCCAGCUUUACCUGUCCAUUUAAUGGAAGCUGCACCAUUACUAAAGAUAACCGGCGACAUUGCCAAGCCUGCAGACUCAAGCGUUGCCUGGAUAUUGGCAUGAUGAAAGAGUUUAUUCUAACGGACGAGGAGGUUCAGAGGAAAAAGGAUCUGAUUCAGAGAAGGAAAGACGAGGAGGCGAUGAAGGAGGCGCAGAAGCCCCGACUCACGGAAGAGCAGCGCAACAUCAUCAGCAUGCUGGUGGAGGCGCACCACAAAACUUACGACGAUUCCUACUCCGACUUCUCACGCUUCAGACCUCCAGUUAGAGAAGGUCCAGUUACACGUAGUGCCAGCCGAGCAGCGUCUCUCCAUUCGCUGUCGGAUGCCUCCUCUGACUCCUUUAGCCACUCUCCAGAAUCAGGAGAUCGCAAGAUGAAUCUAAGUAACCUGCUGAUGAUGUAUCAAGAGCAAGGUUUGGGCUCCAGUCCUGAGUCAAAGGAAGAUGAUGGCACCAAUCUGUCCAUGCUUCCUCACCUGGCUGAUUUGGUUUCCUACAGCAUUCAGAAAGUCAUCGGCUUUGCCAAGAUGAUUCCUGGGUUCAGGGAGCUAACAGCUGAAGAUCAGAUUGCUCUGCUGAAGUCUAGUGCUAUAGAAGUGAUCAUGUUAAGGUCCAACCAGUCCUUUAGUCUAGAAGACAUGAGCUGGAGCUGUGGAGGACCAGACUUUAAAUACUGCGUAAACGAUGUGACGAAAGCUGGUCAUACUCUGGAGCUGCUGGAGCCUCUGGUGAAGUUUCAGGUGGGAUUGAAAAAGCUCAACCUACACGAAGAGGAACAUGUGCUGCUGAUGGCUAUCUGCUUGCUGUCACCAGACCGGCCCGGGGUGCAGGACCACGAGCGCGUGGAGGUGCUGCAAGACCGAGUGUCUGAAGUCCUGCAGGCGUACAUCCGCGCGAAUCACCCAGGGGGCCAUCUGCUCUACGCCAAGAUGAUUCAAAAGCUGGCAGACCUCCGCAGCCUGAACGAAGAGCAUUCGAAACAGUACCGCUCCCUCUCCUUCCAGCCCGAACACAGCAUGCAGCUGACACCGCUCGUGUUGGAGGUCUUCGGCGGACAGGUCACCUAACAAUCGCAUCCGAGUUGGGUCAAGAUGCGUGGGUCAGGUGCCAUGACCCAUCGGGCGUAGCGAGAGUUGAGUGAAUGUACGGACAAUCACUUUAAAACAUACAUCCACAGUUUUCAGGACGACUCAAAGAGUGCGUGCGUGAGCGUUUUCCUCAUUUUUAGGCCCUGAUGGAAUGCGCAGGCUUAUUUCUCACUUUUUGGUAUUGGGGGUAAAUCUCUACCAUGGCUUUAAACAUGAUAAAUUGUGUUAAAUAGAGUUUGAGAGCAAUUAGUACCCCGAAAGCAUCGUCAGAUUAGCCAAAUUAUUUUACGGCCAAACACGUGCGUAACUGUAAAUACUGGAUGCUUAAUGGGCCUGCAUAUAAUUUACAGUAUGGUAUGGCUAGGGAGCGACACAUGUUUUUUUAACGCAAAAAUCUGUAUUUUUCACUGUGGCAUCCGAGUACAGUAUACCUUACUGUAUCGCCAACAGUAUUACACUGCAUGUGUAGCCCUUUACAGGAUGAAUGUGUGUGUGUGCGUGGUCCCGCAUGCUUCCCCAACAGCGCUGUCCACCUCCUUUCUUCACCUCCUGCCUUUAAACGCAGUGUCGAAAGUACUAAUGCAGGCACGCAACACUAACCCGCCCCUCGCCUAGCCACUUAACCAGUUAAACGGCAGCUCCGCCCCCUCUCCUCUCCAUCCCAGGUUGUUGCCGAAGCAAUGGCUGUCUUUACUGUUAUUUGCCUGCGCUUUGAUUGGGCAUUUACCCUUACGCCUGUACAAAAAGUGGCCAGUGCCGCAUUAGCAUUUAUCACACAGCUAUCCUGUAAAUAUAACUAUAUUCGUACUUUCUCGAAUAAGUGUAAAUACAGUUUGAUAAAAGCUUACUUGGUGGAUAUAGCCGAGGGUGACCCUGCAGCCCUAGCUACCCAUGUAAGCAUAUUAACGAAUAUGUAAGCGUAAGAUAUUACAAUUUUAGCUACGUGUUAAAUCGAACGUAUAGGAAUUGGAAUAAUGGUUAAUUAAGAGUUUUACCUCCAAUGUUGUAAAUCCUAUAGUGUGCUAUAGGUGGAUUUCUCCAUGGGUCAUGUUUUAUUUUGUCCUCUUGCAUUCCAUUAUUCAUUUUUUUUUUUUAAGUUACCUUGAGCUCACAGGUUUGACCCAGUUAAGACUAAGACUCAUUUAAUUUAGUUUUUUAUGUACUUUGUUUCACAUCUGCAAACAGCAUGAUGAAGGUAUAAUCAGGGGGCGAACACAAAAAAUAACCAAGGGACAUUUUUAGUCGAAAUCAUAAGGAAGUCCUCAAAUGCAAUGCGAAAAUAUGAUCCAAACCUGUUGUUCAAAUUGCUUUGUAUAAAAUAUUCAAGCUUUUUCUGUCGCUUUAAGGUGUCUUUAAAUAGCACAUAAUAUGAUUUCUUGUCGUUUAUCAUCUGUAUCUCCAGUGUUACAUGGCACCUGCGUUUUAUCCAUAUUUGUUGGCACAGGCUUGUACUUCUUCAAAGUAUCAUCUGAGUGCUGUAUAACACACAACAUUAUAAGGGUCACCUACCGCAAAGACGGCUAUAGUAUAGACUUUAAUGCAUGUCUUUGGACGCAGUAUUUUCCCAAUAUCCACUGCCUGUUUUACGUCAGCCGAACCAAACACAACUGCCUUAGCUUGGCCUCACAGUUAAUUGUAAUUUAUCUUUAACUUAUGCAUUUUUUGGUCUUGUAGGGUGUUUCUAGGGAUCGAUGUCUUUUGCUUCACUGUGUAUAAUAGAUGUGGAGGAGGGCUAAUAUGUCUGAUUUGUACGCUUUUAAUCUACUUCUCUGUCAGGGCUCAGGGUCAUUAGGAAAACUUUUCUGUGGUAUGGGAGUAAUGAAGAUUGUCGUUCGUUUCGUGUUGGAACCGGGUCGGGUGAUUUAUCGAUCACGUAGGCUGAAUUUAACUACCUGGAAACUGCUCUCGCUCGGUAGGGCCAGAUCAGUGCGUGUGUCUGUGGUUGCGAGCGUUGAAAAAGCAAACGGAGAGACGUAUAGCAUAUAUUUACCGGGCAUUGUAUAUUUGGCCCGGGCUGAGAUGGAUUGUUUGCGUGUGUUUGUGUGCGAGUGAAGGAGAAAGUACGCGAGUAGGUUAGCUAUCAUUUCCUCAGUACACACUUGUUAUUACUAAUAAAUAACUUAGUCAUGGCACUUAAGAUUUAAUGAUAUGGAAGGUUUGAUAUAUAUAUAUAUAUAUAUAUAUAUAUAUAUAUAUAUAUAUAUAUAUAUAUAUAUAUAUAUAUAAUCUACGAGUAUUACUUCUUUGAAAAAUUAAAAAAAUUAAAAUAUUUUCUUGUAGACUAGUUUUGAUAUUCUGGUAUUAGUGUACAGGUGGCGCACAGGGCAGAUGUUAUGUAUGUUUGUUUGUUUGUUUGGAUAAGUAUGCGCAAUAUGUAGGAAAGUAUGCGAACUUUCUGCCCGGUGUAGGUAAUUAUAUAUAAAUAUAAAUUUAUAUAUAAUUACUUUCUUUUUUUUUGCUCUUCUGACUGUCUAUUUUGUCUUCAUGCCUUUUCUCUAUACUAAGCUGCUCAGUUCUUUGUGGAAUGAGGGGCGUUGAUUCGAUUUUAAAACUGGAGAUGAUGAAAUCUUCCUUUAAGUCUUUAUCUAGAAAUUAUACAGACUUACUUGUUUUGUUCUGAUUUAGUGCUAAAAUAUAUAUUUUUUGAUGAUAUCCCUGCAAUUCUCAGCAUAAACACAGAUCAGACAAAGCAAGACAACGUGUAAACCGUUGCAUGAUAAUUAUGGUGAGACAUGAGAAAGACAGUGAUGAAAAUGAUGUUGGUCUCUUUUCGGAGUCCAAAAUGUAACCAUAACAAACUACCUCUCUGGGGAACGGACACAUUUGAUUUGUAUUUUUUUAUGAUUCAUGUUUGUAUUUAUUGCUGUGCAGUGGCUCACACGGACAACACAGUACCUCAUGUAAUGAAUCUCACUUAACAACGAAGACGCCUUAACAGCUUUUGUUUCUUUUAAAACUGUUAUUAUUUUCUCCGUGUACGGUCUUUGUAUCCGUAGCUUUCUUCGGCACGAACAUUUACGUACACAGACCUACAGACUCACACACAUGCGCGUUCACAAGAAAGCUGAACUGUUUAAGGCGUGGUCACUUCCAUGAUUGACAGUGUUCAGUUGCUGCUGGGAUUGGUUGGCCCCUCCUCAGGCCCCUCCCCAUUCAUUCUGACUGCUCGGUUGGAUUUUGCUGCUCCGCAAAAAUAUUUACACAAAUGAACGUAACCAUGACAGAGCGUGACCUCGCUCUCUAUCUCUUUUUAACGGUGUUCGUUUGUCAUCUUUCGUGCUCUGCAAAACACACUAGCUCAAAUGUUACCUCAUACGAAAAAAAUAAUUCCUCUACCGUCGAUACCUCAAGCCAGGUCAAUCCUAAAAUUUACACGAUGGAUGACAGACGCACCCGUAAGAAAGGGAAAGAGUUCGAGACGUGCUCUUUACCUCAUCUCUUCUGUCUUGGCACCAAAAGACGGGAGAUCGCAAGUUGGUGGUGAUAAAUGGCUCUUAAAGGGAAUAGUUCACCCAAAAAUGAACAUUUUGUCAUUUUUAACGAAAACCAAUAAAUUAUACUUAAAAGAAAAGAGUAAAAGGCAGUGAAAGAGGUUCAAACCAUUGUGGCUUUUAAGACAAAAUUUUAAAUGACUGCUGUAAUCAUGUUUUUUUUUACAUCAUGGUUAUAGUCAGUACCAUGUAUAGUAUGGUAGCCAAAGUAGUAUAGUCUUAGAAUAGUCUUUGGCCAAAAAGUAACUAUUCCUUUUUUUUUAUAUAUAUUGAUAUAUAUAUAUAUAUAGUGUCGGUCACAGAAGAAAGUCCAUGAGGGGUUUGAAUGACACGAGAGUGACUAUAUUAUGACAAAAUGUUUAUUUUUUGAGUGAACUGUCUCUUUAAGUGCUUAGUACCGGAACGAAAACUGCAAUACAACUGCUAGCUGUUUACAGGCUUACGUUAGUUUGCCUGCUCACCAGGACAAAACCUCUUGAAUAAUACCAUUCAUACAACUCAAUGGUUGAAAUUGCCUCUGUUUUUCUUUAGAUUUUCUUUUUCAUUAUAAAGUAUUGCAAAUUCAUGUUCAUGAUUUCAUGUAAUAUUGGUCAAAUGUUUUACAAAUCAAUAAAAGAAUAUAAUAAUAAA